CCCUUUCUAAACUUGUGUAAGGAAUAAUUUGGCUUUCCCCAAUCUAUCGCUACCAAUGAGCAUUGCCAUAUGAAUCGGUCCUUCACCCAAACAAAUACAUAUAACUGUUUUCUCUUCCAAUCUUAGGGUUCCUCCUGCGUUCUUCAAAUAAGGUUAUUUCAGCAAACGAGCUUGUUAGAAAAUGGGUGAUGUUGAACCAGUUGAUCAAAAGAAGUACUUGGAAGAUUCUAGCAAGCCCAAGUGUGUUAGACCUCUCAUCGAGUAUCAGGCAUGUGUGAAACGAAUAGAAGGAGACGAAACUCGAGAAAAGCAUUGUACUGGACAAUACUUCGAUUAUUGGCAUUGUAUUGACCGAGCUGUUGCACCGAAGCUAUUUGACAAACUCAAGUGAAAGAAGAGAUGAUUCUCAGGACAUUAGGAUUACAUCUCGCUUACUGGUUCUUGGUUUGCUUAAAGUAAAUUCACCUGCAUCAGCUUUCUUGGUACUGUAGUCGUGUAGUUGGUACUUAAUAAGUAGCAUCUCAUCUCCAUGGUGAAGUUUAAUCUUCAUCAAUUCACUUGUUUUGUUUCUUUUUUUUUUUGGUGUCGGGAUAAGAAAAUGAGACGCGGUUUCUUUUGUUUAUGAAGUAAUAAGGUACCAAACGUUUGACCCUUGUGAUUCGAGUAGAUCCAAUAGUAUAAAGUUGUAUGGAGUAUGGACCUUCAUAACCGCAUAGAGAAGUGACGAGCAAAUCUAGAAACUUUGUUUCA